AUGGCCGAGCCGGCCGAGCGAAUGGCGAGUGGGCCGAGGGAGCUUUCCCCUGACACCAAGGAACCGCAGGCGCUUGGGGCCAAGAGAAAGCAGCUGCUCGAAGACGAGAGCGAGAGCGGAAGUGCGGUACAUGUGCCCAUCUGGCACUCCUUCUUUCCCGCUUUGAUCGUCUAUCCGACUUGGUCUUUCGUCAUGACGAAGACAGGCGCAUGGCUCCCGGCAUUUGGAAGCUUCUACCCUAUGAGUGUAGCUAUGCUCUUCGGGAGCGUGAUUGCUGGAUCUAUGCCACUGGGCGGAGGUGUGGUCGCCUUUCCGGUUGUGGUGCUCUUUAUCCAUUUUCAAGCAGAGGAGGGUCGAGACUUCUCUUUGCUAAUCCAGUCCAUCGGCAUGUCGGCGGCGAGUUUUGUCAUCCUUUACAAGAAGAAGCACCUCUGCCACACCUGGCUCAUUUUCUCCUUCAUUAUUUGUGGAGUGCAGGGGAUGCUCUUGGGCUUUGAGAGACCGCUGGGCAAGAGAACUGUGACGAUAGGUUUCACCACGACCGUCACCUGUUUUGCCAUGGCCUUCUUUUAUAACAAGAUGCUGAGCAGCCGAAAGUGCGAGGGCAACGAGGGCGAGGUGCCACAUGUGAAUGCGAGCCCAUGGCAGAUCCUGCAGGUAAAGCAACUGCAACAUGGUCGCGGCUGGCAACUCUUCGGGCGGCAGCUGCCACUGGUUUUGACUCUUCUCGUUGGGCUCUUCGGUUUGGUCGGCGGAUUUCUCAGUGCAAAUCACGGCUCAGGCGCAGAUAUGCUUGCAUACAUCUUCGGCGUCUUUGUGUGGAACUAUUUGAUCCCUGAGCCAGCUCGGAUGUCAGAGACGAUGAUGACUGCCUCUUCGGUAGUGAUCAUGACCGCCUGCAGUCUCGCGGGCUCGCUGGUGCGAGUGCUGACCGGGGACAUCUCCGACAAGGUCUUCCUGUGCUGGGCUGCAUGCACGCCGGUGGUGGUCAUCGGCGCGCCCUUGGGGGCCCUCUUUCUCACCGAGCACAUGACGCUCAUACUCCGGCGCGGCUUCUUCGUCUUUGUCGUGGUGAUGUUUGUGUCGAUGGGCAUUUGGAUCCUUUCCGACGACCUGAUGUCUUGGCUCGCGGUGAGCUCGGCUCUGGCAAUGACGGCCUGCGGAUUGGCCACUCACUUCGCCUGCUUCGUUCAGGGCCCUCAGGUUCCGGCAAGCGUCACAGAGGUGUAG